AUGUCCAAAACACAGGUUACGUUCAGCAAAAUUGUUGAUCUUUUAACCCUACCGGAGCGAUUUAUUGUCGAUGUUGCCGAAACAUUCGGACAAGGAUUCGUUGACUUCGUGAACGGCAAGACCUGUAGGGCGAUUUCAGAAAUCUCCAUCCCUGGUGUUCAUGCCAUUAUCCUGGAAUGUAUUGGGACACCUGCAUUCCAGUCUGUGUUCCAUACAAUUCAACAAGAAAUCACCGACUUCCUCAAAUACCCAGUUAUUCGUGAAGGGUGGCAUUUCUUGAAUACACCUGUUAGUGACAUACUAGUAAUAGGAGAAGUGAUGAAAGAGGUGAACAAGGGUGAAACUUGGAUUUUUAACAAUGUAGUGCCGUGGUUUGCAAGACGAAAGAUCCAGGAUUGCAUCCAGGAUGGCAUGAAGAACCCGUCCGACGACCCAUUAUUUUUCAUCCUGGGGAUCGGUCUGAAUAUGGUCCAACAUCCAACAAUUCUUGACAUGCUUCUGGCGAUACCUGGAGUUGGGGAGCUUGCAGAAACGAUCAAGGCUUCUGAAUUCGCCGUGAAAGCUGCUAAGGUUGCAGCAGCAUCUGCAGAUGGUGCUGAAUCCAUCGCUAAGGCAGUGGAGGCUUCAGAAAAAGCGGCCACGUUUGCUGAUGCAGCUAAAGGUACAGAGUACGAAGCGGCGGCUGCAGAACAUGCAGCCAAGGCUAGAAAGGCAGUCGGUGAUACGCACUAUAAAGGGAAAGAACCGGCAGAAGGCCAUCGUGCGGAAGGGGGCUCUAAACUCCACGAGGAUGCCACGGCCAUCGAAGGUCCCCACGUGCCUGACGAAGGCGCCAAAAUUGUGGAAGAUGCUGGGCUCAAAGCAGCCAAUCAAGCCGAGCUUGAUGAAGCGCUCAAGAAUACAUGGAGUGAAAAUGAUUUAGCUUCUCAGGCACAGUGCAAACGCGCACCAGGACUGAAAUGUCUCAAGAACUGGGGGAAACCCCAAUACAAGGUAUUUGAUAACGUCCCAACGCUCCAAGACCUCAGUGCGAAUAUAAGAGAAUAUGGCAAAGUCAAAAAGGGUGAUAGCCUCUUCUAUAGCAGUCUUGAUGGUCAGAAUGGAGUUACACUCUCGACACAACACUAUAAACGUUAUAUUCAGAAAUCUACUCAACGCCAAGGAUUUGCAAUCGAUCGCGCGACUGAUAAAAAGUGGUCUCGCGCGCAAAUGGGCAAAAUGAACACACCAGCAAUGGUGGAUCGAUUCGGGCGGCGACUGUCUCAAGCAUUCGCCGAGAAUGCCCAGGGAGAUGUGUACUUCUUCACCCGAUCCGGGCUUGAUGGGACUGCCUUUCCAGCCAAUUCAGUGUGGGGAGGCUGGGAGUAUCCGGCUCUUACUCGGAACCCCCGCGUCACCAAAAUCAUUCAGGUAGACCCCUUCAUGGAGGGGGAUCUGGGCCACACGAUCUGGACUCCUGAUAAGGGGCCGUCCCCAAACGCCCCGAAGUCUGGGAGCUAA